GCGGUCUGUGAGGGUGCGGGGGAGGCGCCAUUUUGGGCCCGCGACAGCAGGAAGCGCCGGGGAUUUGAUUGUACGCGGCGCGGGGGUCGGAGCGGCAGGUCCCCGGUACCAAGCCCCGAGUCGGGGCCCUGCCCCGCCCCCUCCACCAGCAGCCUGAGAGCCCUGAGAGGGAGGCGGGGGCCGGAGGCCCGCGAUGGAGGCGGAGUACUACGGCGGGGACCAGUCAGAUGAUGGUGGAGCCACCCCAGUACAAGAUGAGCGAGAUUCAGGGUCUGACGUUGAAGAUGAUGUAAAUGAUCAGCAUUCUGGAUCAGAUAAUGAAAGCUUAGGGCAUCAUUCAGAGAAUGAACAAAGUGAUGGAGAAGAUGGUGGCCAAACUAGAGGCCAUCACAUGACAGACUCUGAAAAUGAAGACACCCCAAGGCAAAAAGAUAGUGAUUCUGAAAAUGAGGACCCUCCGAAUCACAAUGCCAGUGAUUCAGAAAAUGAAGGGGCUCAUGGGGACAAAGACAGUGAUUCUGAUAUUGAGGACCAUCCAAUUCAUCAUAUAAGUGACUCUGAAAAUGAGGAUGCCUUAAAUCACCAUGCAAGUGACUCGGAAAAUGAAGAACCUCAAAAAGUUCCCAAUAGCGAUUCUGAAAAUGAGGAUCACCGUAAGAAUCUGCAUAGUGAGUCGGAAAAUGAGGAACAUCAAAAGGGUCAUGCUAGUGACUCUGAAAAUGAGGAACCCACAAAACAUGUAGCUAGUGACUCUGAAAAUGAGGAGCCUUUAAAACAUGCAGCUAGUGACUCUGAAAAUGAGGAUCUCUCGAAACAUGCAGCCAGUGAUUCUGAAAAUGAGGAGCCCCCAAAACAGGCAGCCAGCGAUUCUGAAAAUGAGGUGCCCCCGAAACAGGUAGCCAGCGAUUCCGAAAAUGAGGAGCCCCUGAAACAUGCAGCCAGUGACUCUGAAAAUGAGGAGCCCCAAAAAGUUCAUGCUAGUGAUUCUGAGAACGAAGAACCUCAGAAACAUCCUGCAAGUGACUCUGAGAUCGAAGAUGUUCCCAGACGCAAACAAAAAAUAGAGUCUGAUGACAGUGAUGGAGGGAAUGGGAAAGAGGCAAUGCAGAAUGACUCUCGGCAUUCAGAUAGCGAGCAGGCAGGAGAAGGAUUUCAUGUGUCUGACAGUGAGGAGGAAGGUCCUAAGAGACGGAAAAUAACAGACAGCGAUGAAGACGAGGAGAGAGAUGAGGACAAGGCAGUCAAGAGGAAAGCAGCAGUCUUUUCUGACAGCGAGGAUGAUGAGAAAACACAAGCUGCAAAGAAAGGGCGCGUCGUCUCAGAUGUGGAAGAAUCUGAUAGCGAUGCAUCAGAGAAAUCUGACAAAAGAAAAAAGAAUGCUGUAGCUUCAGAUAGUGAGGAAGAGGAGGAGAGCAAGGAUAGUGCGGGAAAGAAAAAAGAAGAGAAGGAUCUUUUUGGGAGUGACAGUGAAUCAGGAAAUGAACAAGAGAACCUGAUCGCAGAUAUAUUUGGUGAGUCUGGUGAUGAAGAGGAGGAGGAAUUUACAGGUUUUAACCAGGAGGAUUUGGAAGAAGAGAAAACCGAGGCAGAGAUGAAAGAGACAGCAGAUGAUUCAGACUCUGAUGACAACAUCAAAAGAGGGAAACAUAUGGACUUCAUGUCAGAUUUUGAGAUGAUGCUACAAAGGAAGAAGAGCAUAAGUGGCAAGCGCAGACGAAACCGUGAUGGUGGGACAUUUAUUAGUGAUGCAGAUGAUGUAGUCAGUGCUAUGAUUGUUAAAAUGAAUGAAGCUGCAGAGGAAGAUAGACAGCUGAAUACACAGAAGAAACCGGCACUAAAAAAGCUAACUUUGCUGCCAACUGUAGUUAUGCACCUUAAAAAACAGGACCUUAAGGAAACUUUCAUUGACAGUGGUGUGAUGUCGGCCAUCAAAGAGUGGCUUUCCCCUCUUCCAGAUCGGAGUCUACCAGCACUAAAGAUACGUGAGGAGCUCUUGAAGAUCCUGCAAGAGCUGCCUAGUGUGAGCCAAGAGACCCUGAAGCACAGUGGAAUUGGACGAGCUGUGAUGUACCUCUACAAGCACCCCAAGGAGUCAAGACCCAACAAGGACAUGGCAGGGAAGCUAAUCAAUGAAUGGUCUCGACCCAUCUUUGGCCUUACCUCAAACUACAAAGGAAUGACAAGGGAGGAAAGGGAGCAGAGGGAUUUGGAACAGAUGCCUCAGCGAAGGCGAUUGAGCAGUUGUGGUGGUCAGACCCCUCGCAGAGACCUGGAGAAGGUGUUAACCGGAGAAGAAAAAGCUCUUAGGCCUGGUGAUCCUGGAUUUUGUGCUCGUGCAAGGGUUCCAAUGCCCUCCAAUAAGGAUUACGUGGUCAGACCCAAGUGGAAUGUGGAAAUGGAAUCUUCCAGGUCUGGGAGUGUUAAAAAAGGUAUUAGUCGCUUGGAAAAGCACAAGAGACGAUUUGCUGAACAGAAACGACUCAGCAAAGUGCAUCAGGCCAUCAAAUUCAGCAUUGAAGGCAACAGGAUGCCCCUGUAGCCCUGACACUCUGCCUUCCUCAAGUUUGAGGUAUCUUUUAAGGGAGGUAUGAACAGUGCAUGUGCUUCAGUUGGCAAUCUGCACAUCCAGUGGAAGUAGUGUGAAUUCACUAACCUGCACAUAGGCAGCUCGUCUCUUUUAAUCUCUGUAAUGUCUGUACUGUGACCUACAAUUGUGCAAAUUGAUUCCGAAAAUAAUCUGAUGUAGCACAUAACUUCUGCCAUGAUCCUGCUGCUACAGCUUCCAUAUGCCCUGAUGGCAGGUAUUAUUUAAAAUAUGCGCCCAUAAAAAUAUCUUUGGUAGGCAUCUAAGUAAAAAGGAAGCCACCUUUGAGUAAUCUGAGAUGAGCAGGUGUAACAUUGUAAAACAUGUUUAUGUUUUAAUUAGGGCCUCCAAUUUAAUUGAAACAGUCACCUAGGAAAUGACACAGAACGAGCAUUCUUAGCCUUUAAUUUAGUACCUCAUUGUCACUUCAUAAUAGCCUCUGUGGCUGAGUUUUUAGUAGUAUGAACAGGAUCUAAAAGAAGAAACCUUUCAACCCUUUUUGGCUUAGAAAGUUGUUUGUGUUGCAAGGCCUUAAGGAGUAAGUGACAGUAUAAGGAAAAAGAGUCUUCUGGGGACUGGAGGAAGGCUGAUCCUCUGCUGAGAAUCUGAGGUGGAGAGAGAACAAGUAGUAAAUAUUAACCAGAAUUUCUUUUGACAACUUAGUUUCUAUAUUCCAGUUCUUUGAGCGGGGAUGACAGAAAUUGAUGGCUAGAAAAGAUAGUGCAAAUAAUGCUAGAAUAUCCUUGCUACUCUUCAGCUUCAAUUUUUUUAAAUUGUUGUAGAAAAUAAAUGAAAAAGCAGAGAAGCCCUGCAUAUAAUUCCAGUCAGGAAUCAUUUUUCUCUCUGUAUUGUGAAUAGAAUGUCUGUCUGGAUCUAGGUGUUGGAGAGCUGCUACCUUACUAAUGAUCUGAAUCUGAUUAUGGACUGGGUACCAUUUGGAUUCCCAAUAAGUAAAAGCUGAAGAGAUGUUUCUAUCCGAUCUCCCAAACCCUUUUCUUUCCCUGAGUCUCCAUAAUUUAUUAUUAUUGCACGUUGUGUUGGGAUACAGUCUGUAUACUUAUCUUUUCAACGAAAUAUUGCUUACUGACUGAAAGGGCCCUGCUGUCUUUCUGUUGUACUGUUCUGCAGAACAUUUACAGUUUGUCUGUGCAAAAUAACUUACUUACUGCUGCAUCUCAGCCUUCCGGUUGCAAAUAGUCAAAAUACAGAAAUGAAAUGAAAUGCAAGCAUACCUGUAAUAGUAAUUCUUUGUGGCCAGUUUUUCUCAGGCAUUUUUUCUCCUUUCCACUUACAUUUCCCAGUAUUCUCCAGUCUUGUUGGUGCCUAUUACGGUGACCUGUAGAAUCACUUUCAGUUGACCAAUUAACAUCACCACGUAUGGUCAUGUCCUCACAUCAGCCACGACCAGGAAACCUGCAGUUUAUGAAGCUGUGAUGAAAUGUACUUCUGGCACUAGAUCAGCAUUUCUCAAAUGUGGCCACCAGGGGCUUGUCUUGUGGUCACAGCCUCCUGGGUGCUGGUUGGUGGGGGGCAAAGCAGCGGCCCCUCCCCCAGGGUCACCAGCAGUUGUUGUUCCUAGCCCCUUCCUGGAGCCACAAAUACUGUAGGAGCUAGGUGACCAGUGGGCGUUCCACCCCGCCCCCUUCCUGGGAGUGGUGAGCUUGGGCUUUGGGCUUCAGCCCUGGGG